GCCAAUAAUGCCAGUGAGCUCACCAAUCGCCAAUGUCGCGAUUCCAGACCAGGACAUCACAUCGUACUUCUUCGAGCAGGCACAGCGCCGGGUAGACCGGCUGGGCACGCAGGGCUGCACAGAGCCUGCAAUUGUCACCGACGCACAGACCAAAGCGACGCUGCGCUUCUCUGAUAUCAAGUGCCAGGCACAGGCGAAUCGCUGGAUUUCUCCGGUCGCUUGGGUUCGGCGGACCGGCUCAGGGCAGUAAUCUACCUGACGGGCUCAACGACGUCGCUGCAGUGCUCGCGCCCAACGACAUUGCGUUCAGCGCCAUCCACUUUGGCACGCUGAUUGCAGGCGGCACAUACAUGGCCGUCAACCCCCAGCAGAGUGUGCAGGCCCUGGCACACCAGCUCAAAGACGUUGACGCGCGUGUUGUGUUCACUACAGCCCACCUGCUCCCGGUUCUGCAGCAGGUAUGUGACGCAGCAGGCCUGGACAUUCCCACAUCCAACAUUGUUCUUAUCCAGGGCUGCAGCGACGGAUUCACAACGCUGGAAACGGCCAUUGAUGGAGCUGCUGCCAUUGAGUCCCACCGAGUCACCAGUCCAGAAGAGCUUAACCGGGUUGCACUAAUCGUAUACUCGUCGGGAACGACCGGCAAAGCCAAGGGCAUCAUGCUAACGCAUCGCAACAUCGUAUCCAUGUACGUCAUGGUAGGGCGGAUACUCUGCGCGCAGCCACGCACAUGGCGACAGCGACUCUGCUGCCAGUGUUCAACCACAGAGCUAAUGUUUUGUCAGCCUUGCCGCUGUACUUCCUGUAUGGCCAUUGUGUGCUGUGCUACCAACCGCUGACCAGCGGCGACCUGAUCGUACAAAUGGCUGGGUUUGAGCUCGACCCGUACCUUGCAGCCAUCGACUCAUACAAGAUCAAUCGGCUGAGCCUGACGCCG